AUGUCUGAAAAAAAGCACAGGUCGCUUAAGGAUAUCUUCAAGAACUCGUCGCUGCUGCUGCUUAAUAAGCUCGGCCACUCGCUGAGCCCCCUGCUGGAACUGAAUCACAGGUUCUUUCUUAGAAGAAGAAACCUGAAACUGUCGCUUACGCCGUCGACAAGUGCUUCGCUGGGGAAAGGCCAGGCGUCGCUGGCUGGUCAAUCGCCGGCGGCUAGCGAUACCGAGGAGUCGCUGAUGCUGAGCAGCAGGAAGGAGAAACACCGCCGGAGACACGAUAAGCAUCACCAUAGCCAUCUUUCGUUGAAGAGGUUCUUUAAGAUCCUUAGACCCGAGCAUUUGGACGGUGCUCAGGAGAAGGAUGUCAAGAAACCACCGGAAUUGCCGCUUUCGCUGACGCUGGACUUGGCUAAGAAGUACGAUAUCGGUAAGCUUAUCGGUACGGGCGCCAGUGGGCUGGUCAAUUUGGUCACGGCUCAUAAUAACGAAAAGGAGAUCUUUGCGGUGAAGAAGUUUAGGGCGAAAUUGAAGAAUGAAACGGACCACGAUUACCAAACCAAGGUGAAGAACGAAUUCCUCAUUGGCGAUUACCUAAAACACCAGAACCUUAUUCAUACCAUGGAAUUGAUCCGUGAAAAGAACGAAUUCCUCAUUGUCAUGGAGUACUGUCCGUACGAUUUUUUCAACUUGGUCAUGUCCGGCUUGAUGAAGGAAGAAGAGGUGUGCUGCUACUUUAAGCAGAUCAUCAACGGUGUGGCUCAUUUGCAUGGGGCUGGAAUUGCCCAUAGAGACUUGAAGUUGGAUAACUGUGUGGUUAACGGGGACGGUGUGCUUAAACUCAUUGACUUUGGCUCGGCUUUCCAGUACAGAAAAGACAGUAAGGCUGACGCUUCUGGCCAGCCAAAGAUUCUUAAAGCAAAGGGCAUUGUGGGCUCAGAUCCAUACUUGGCUCCUGAGGUGUUUGAAACCAAUUCCACUUAUGAUGCCCGUUUGGCCGAUGUAUGGUCAAUUGCCAUCAUCUUCUGUUGCAUGAUCCUCAAGCGUUUCCCAUGGAAACUUCCUAGAUCGAGUGAUCCGUCAUUCAGGUCCUUUGCAUGUCUUAACAAUAUGGACGAGCCAGUCACUGAGCAGGAAAUGCAAGAAGAAGAUGCCAAGGGGCCUAAAUACGGUGCCGAGAGACUUCUCCGUCUUCUUCCCAAGGCCUCCCGCCCUCUCAUUCAAGGAAUGCUCACCAUAGAUUGUUCAAAAAGAUUCCUAAUAGGUGAUGUCCUUGAAGAUUCAUUCUACCAUUCUAUUCGCCAUUGUUACUAUGCGGAAGUGGAUGAGCCUGAGCCUAUACAGCAAAACCCUCUGGAUUCCUUCCAGGAUGCCCCCGACGCAUCGAAUGGCUCCCCACAGCAACAAAAUCUAGAUAUACCUAUGUCCCCAGAAGCAGCAUCGUCACCAGGUUCUCAGUUGCAGUCGCCUGUUUCUAGUGGCUCAGCUACACCUGUGAUAGACAGUUCACAGAGUGAUGGCAUCAACCAAGAACAAGAUCACCAUCGCUUCGGUAGCCAAAUCCAUGACCCAGAAGCUUUUGCCGGGAAGAAAGCCACAAAGCGUGUUGAGAAACUCUUUAAAUCUUCCAACCAUAAACAUCAUUUGAUCACAGAGCAGGAGUUGGAGAAGAUUAAUCAAGAACGCCAGAGGGCAAAGAAAAUGAAAGAGAAUGGCGUGGCUUAG